GAUGAACUUGCGGAAUGUGUUGUGUUCAAUGACCCGACGAUUCCCACAAUGCUUAGAGAGGGAAGGAGGGCUCAUCCAAAGGAGGCUGGGAUUUCUUUUUAAAACACCCCGUCCAGCUCAGCUCCAUUAUAUCUUAUUUGUGCACUUGUUCCUCCUGAGGCAUCCUCACAAUGGAUAUGUAUUCCCUCUCUAGCCUUUUUGCCUGGAAAUAAAGUUGUCUCUGGUUUUCGGUUGGCCCUGCCGCUGCAUAAUUACAACACCUGGACGUGUUGGUGAGCCAGAAGCUACCGGGGAAGCUGCUGUUGUCAUAAGAAAGCGGUGGAAACAAACAUUAAAAACAACAAGCAGAAGUAUAUAUGAACAAGGUGACCUUCCUGUUUGAGGACUUGUGAGUCAUCAAAGUAAUUUCAAACAAAUAAUAGAGCUCCUGGGAGAGUUUCUCCCCCAACCUUCUAUGGCCUUCCUGCCUGCUUCCUAAGUCCAGGCAUGACCGUCACCCCUAAAAAACACAGUGCUCAGCCUGGUUCCUCCUCUUACGACACAAGCCCCAGAACCGAUAUGGAUGAGGUUGAUGGCCUGCGUUUGAAGCUCUCUUCUGAGGACUCUGUGUUGCUGGCUUCCUCCUUACCUGAGCCCAUCAACCUAGAAGAUUCCCAUUAUGCUCUGCUGCGAAGCGGGCUGGAGUCUGACCAGCAGAACCUGGAAGCUGAGUCCUGGAACAUGGCUGUGGACCAGAACUACCUGAAGACUCUUAACAAAGAGGCUGUUAAAAGACAGGAUGUCAUCUAUGAGUUGAUCCAGACGGAGAUGCACCAUGUACGCACCUUAAAAAUCCUUCUCCAUGUCUACAUGCAUGAGUUAAGGCAGUCUUUGCUGAUAGAGGAGGCCAGGCUGGAGCGACUUUUUCCUGGGGUGGAAUCCCUGCUCACCCUCCACCAGCACUUCCUUAACUGCCUCAAAGUGCGACAAAAGACAAGUCAGGAGGAAGCAAGCCCAAGUAAUUACCAGAUCACACAUCUGGGGGAUAUUCUCAUUUCUCAGUUUUCCGGACCAGUGGGAGAAGGAAUGAUGGAGUAUUACAGUGUUUUUUGCGGUCAUUACAAUGAAGCUAUCACCUCCUACAAAGAGCAGUUGCAGAAUAACAAGAAACUGCAGGUCCUUGCUAGGAAAAUAGGUCAGCUGCCCCUGGUACGACGGUUAGGAGUUCCUGAGUGUUUUCUAUUGGUGACUCAACGCAUCACAAAAUAUCCUGUCCUGGUGGAGAGAAUCAUACAGAACACUGAAGCUGACACCGAAGAGUACAGGUCUCUGGUACAGGGUCUGGUGCUGAUCAAAGACACCAUCAACCAGGUGAACGCUCAGGUCCGUGAAUAUGAGAAAGCCGCUCAACUGAAAGACAUUGGCCUGCGUCUGGAGCCAAAAUCGCAGGGCCGGCUGAAGGACGGCCAGCAGCUCCACAGGGAGGAUCUGCUCCAGGGAAACCGGACGCUGCUGCACAAAGGCACCGUCACCUGGAAGUCCUCCGGUAAACAAAAAGACAUCCAUGCUGUGCUGCUGUCAGACGUGCUCCUCCUCUUACAAGAGAAAGAUCAGAAGUUUGUAUUUGCUGCUGUGGAUAACAAACCACCAGUGAUCUCCCUUCAAAGACUGAUUGUUAGGGAAGUGGCUCAUGAGGACAAAGCCAUGUAUCUCAUCUGUGCGUGCACUACUAGCAUGCCGGAGAUGUACGAGAUCCACACACGCUCCAUAGAGGAACGCAUUACAUGGACCAGGCUGAUACGGGAAGCUGUGAACCGCUACCCUGAAGAGGAACAGUACCGAGAACUCACUGCGAAACUGCAACAAUUUCAAGAUAUUCUAAAGGUAAGGGAUGACCAGAUAAAGCAAAUUCUGACAGAGAAGCAGCAGAUCUUUGCUGCUCUCUACGAGACGACGACGGAGCAGGAAACCCCCCACAAAGGGCUGCUGCUCCGAGGAGAUGACACUGACCUCCAGCUGGGGGAGACACUGCUUAAAGGAGCCAUCAAUGAGGCGGAAAACCUGCAGACCCUGCUCUUUUCAUGGAUAAGAGACGCAAACCUUCUUAUAGAGGAGGGUAAGAUGCAGGGGGGGCUCAGGAGGGCCGAGACCUUUGGAGUGGCUGAUGGUAACCCAAGUGCAAGCGCCAUGAAAAAUGGGGAUACCAGUGGCAGCGAGGGCAGUCCCUCCACUAGUGACCCUCAGUUCCAGGAAAGUUACAGCUCUGAGAGCUUGGAACCGUUGGCCGAUGACGACACACCAAUGCCAGACUGCAGUUUAACCUCCAGUCAUUUCCCUGAGGCAGAGGUGUGUGACAGAGUGAUACUGCUCGCACAGAGGCUGUACAGCUUGGAAGCAAUCAUCAUCCAGCAGGACAGCCAAAUUGAGCUGCAGCAUGCUUUUCGGACAAAGAUCAAGCAGCCUGCUCGUCAUUACAGCAGUGUGCUGCUCGAGCAGGAGAAGCAACGCAACUUAGAGAAGCAAAAGGAGGAACUUGCCAACUUGCACAAGCUGCAGGCCCAGUUUCAAGAGGAGCAGCAGCGCUGGGAGAAGGAGAGGGAGCGGCAGAGGAUACAGAUUGAGACUCUGGAGGCUCAGCUGCAACAAAGGGAGGAGGACUGCCGAGAGUGGGAGGAGAAGCUCAAAGAAGAGAAGGCUGAGCUGGAGAGGUUGAAGGACGACUAUCAGCAAGACCUGGAGAGGCUGAGGGAAUCCACCCAAUCGGUAGACAAGAACAAGGAGCGUCUGAAUCAGGAGAGGGAGCGCCUAGAGCAGCUGCAGAAGAAAAUAAAGAAAUAUCUCCCAGUACACACCAACUAUGAUGAUCCUACACAUCACUGGCCUUUGUCCAACUACCAGUCGUUCAGGGGAAGCAUAUUAAACGGAGGUGGGACCUGGGAUCUAAAGCACCACAUCUUUCCCACCAGCUCCAACCCCAUGGAAACUCCUCCAAAGGUUCCACCGCGCAGGGAGAGCAUCAUUCCUCUGCCAGCCAAGCCAGAGCUGCCAGUCCACCUGAUCAGCACCACCAACCAGGUGCACAAACCUGCUGCCGUGCAGCAGAAGAUCCCCACCAAGCUGGCUGCUAAGUCCAAGGAAAAGGAGAAAGUUUCAAAGAAGAAAGGGUCCCACCAGAGAACGCACAGUGCAGCUGGUAUAGACGUGAACCAGGUGCUGCCCAUCCGAGUGACCGGGAAAGAAGGAGGCAGUCUGAGAGCCAAAAGGAACGGCAGUCCCCAAACAAUCUACCUGUCAGGUGCCUUCAACCCACCAGGAUCUAUGCACAGUAUAAAAACGUCUCAGUCCUUUAGCACAAACAAGAGGAGCAGCAACGAGUCUCCUCCACCGCCGACGCCUCUUCCUUUCCCCAAGGAUGUUCCCAAAACAAGCAUGCCACCUCAUCCUUUUCCCGAAGAUGUUCCCGAAGCAAGGAAAGAGAAGGAAAUAUUCUUUUAAUCCAAAACGUGACUGGAGUUACGAUGAGGCCUUAAUAAUGGUCCACCAUAAAGACUUUUACACAUGGAAAAACUGAUGGAGCUUUUAAAAGACAUUGGACAUGACCUCCCUGACAUCCACGUGUGUCCAGCAUGAAGAUAUUUUAUUACUAGGAACCAGCUGUUUGUAUUCAGAUUAGUCUUGCAUUGCUAGACCUAUCUCCACAGCUGGAGUAUGCUCUGGCUUGUUUGUAUUUCUUUAAACCAAUCACAAUGGUCCUGGGUGGCGCUGAGCCCCGGGUGCUGCAGCGGAAGUGGUAGGAGAGAGCUGUCAGGCCAUAUUCUACAAAUGUACAUCCGUUGAGCCAGACUACAUUCAGAUUAGCUGAACAAAAAAAAGUUAAGAAUUACUGAUGGACAUGUUUUAUAAAGAUAUGUACAUUUGUGUUAGUGGUUAAAAAAAUGUAAAAAGCAUUUUGCACAUUGGGAAAAAUAUUUUAAAUGUUGUUGCAAAACCUUUCAUUGCCAAAGAUAUUUUUUUCAUCAUUUUUAUUUUUAAAUGAAGGUAGGUUGUCUUUAACUAUUAGCACUCGUCUCACCUCCUAAGAUUUCUUUUUAAUUUAAUGAAUACUAAUGCGGUGUGAGGAAGCUGUAGUUUUACCAACUUUUAAAUCUGUUUAAAUAUGAGGUGCCAAGCACAAAGUUUUUAUUUCAGAAUGAAUCGGAGAACAGUAAUUUUUACUGUGGUCCUGCUCCUCAGUAUGUCUUAUAAUUAAAUCAUAAAUGAAUGGGCUAUGUGGAAGACUCUACAAGUUAGUGUUUGUAAAGCCUAUCAGCUGUUUUGUGCACUUCCUGAUUGGAGACCGUGAGAGUCUACGACUCUGCAUCAGUAGGGUUGUUUCAGUUUACAACCAGGCAGCUGCUGAAAGUAAGAGAAAUAUUUCCGAGUGACAUUCCCUGUUAAAUAGCGUUCUAACAUAAUUACACAAUAAACAUUAUGUUGAUGAUGAA